CCCAGCCUGCCACCGCGUCCCUGCCCCGGGAAGGGGUCCCGGCGACCCACCCAGCUGAGUCGAGGAGGCAGCGCUGGCGGCGUCCGCGGUGCUGAGGGCCCAGGAGGCGAUUAGGAGAGGCAGGAGGCUGGGUGUCGGCCCCCUACAACUUUCGAGGCCGCCUCUGCCAGGCCUGCGCUCCGAGUUUCCCCGCUGCGCUGCAUCUUGCUCAGAGGGAAGGAUCCAUUCUACAGAGGAGGCAGCAAAGCGCCCCCAAAACCUGUCUCUGCAAGGGUGACCAAGUCGCAAAGAGGAAGUAGAGGCUCAGAGAGGGCAAGGGACUUGCUCAAUGUCACACAGUGUGACGGUGUCACAACCUGGGACCAUGGGCUCUAUGUUCCGGAGUGAGGAGGUGGCCCUGGUCCAGCUCUUCCUGCCCACAGCGGCCGCCUACACCUGCGUGGGCCAGCUGGGCGAGCUGGGCCUCGUGGAGUUCCGAGACCUCAACGCGUCGGUGAGUGCCUUCCAGAGACGCUUCACGGUGGACAUUCGGCGCUGUGAGGAGCUGGAGAAGACCUUCACCUUUCUGCAGGAGCAGGUGCAGCGGGCUGGCCUGGCGCUGCCCCCUCCCGAAGGGAGGCUGCCAGCACCCCCGCCUCGCGACCUGCUGCGCAUCCAGGAGGAAACAGAGCGCCUGGCACAGGAGCUGCGGGACGUGCAGGGCAACCGGCAGGCACUGCGGACCCAGCUGCACCAGCUACAGCUACACUCGGCCGUGCUGCACCAGGACCAGGGCCCUCCGCUGGCGGCUGCCCUCACCGAUGGGCCCUCUUCAGAGAGAACGCCCCUGCUCCCGCCCCACCAAGGGCCACACCAGCACCUGAGGGUCAACUUCGUGGCAGGUGCCGUGGAGCCCCACAAAGCUGCGGCCAUGGAGCGCCUGCUCUGGAGGGCCUGCCGCGGCUUCCUCAUCGCCAGCUUCAGAGAGACCGAGAGGCCGCUGGAGGACCCGCUGACGGGUGAGCCUGUGACCUGGAUGACCUUCCUCAUCUCCUACUGGGGUGAGCAGAUCGGACAGAAGAUCCGCAAGAUCACAGACUGCUUCCACUGCCACACCUUCCCGUUCCUGGAGGAAGAGGCGGCCCGGCAGGGGGCCCUACAGCAGCUGCAGCAGCAGAGCCAGGAGCUGCAGGAGGUCCUCCGAGAGACAGAAUGGUUCCUGAGCCAGGUGCUGGGCCAGGUACAGCAGCUGCUGCCGCCGGGGCAGGUGCAGGUCCGCAAGAUGAAAGCCGUGUACCUGGCCCUCAACCAGUGCAGCCUGAGCAGCACGCACAAAUGCCUCAUCGCCGAGGCCUGGUGUGCCGCGCAGGACCUGCCCGCCCUGCAGCGGGCGCUGCACAGCAGCUCGAGCGAGGCUGGAGUCAGCGCCGUGGCUCACCGCAUCGCCUGCAGGGACAUGCCCCCGACCCUCAUCCGCACCAACCGCUUCACGGCCAGCUUCCAGGGCAUCGUGGACGCCUACGGUGUGGGCUGCUACCAGGAGGUCAACCCUGCUCCAUAUACCAUCAUCACCUUCCCCUUCCUCUUCGCCGUGAUGUUUGGCGACGUGGGCCACGGGCUGCUCAUGUUCCUCUUCGCCCUGGCCAUGGUGCUUGCUGAGAACCGGCCAGCUGUGAAGACCGCGCAGAAUGAGAUCUGGCAGACCUUCUUUGGGGGCCGCUACCUGCUCCUGCUCAUGGGCCUGUUCUCCGUCUACACCGGCUUCAUCUACAACGAGUGCUUCAGCCGCGCCACCACCAUCUUCCCCUCGGGCUGGAGUGUGGCCGCCAUGGCCAACCAGUCAGGCUGGAGUGACACGUUCCUGUCCCAGCACCCACUGCUCACCCUGGACCCCAAUGUCACUGGUGUCUUCCUGGGACCCUACCCCUUUGGCAUCGACCCGGUCUGGAGCCUGGCCACCAACCACCUGAGCUUCCUCAACUCCUUCAAGAUGAAGAUGUCCGUCAUCCUGGGGGUGACCCACAUGGCCUUCGGGGUGCUCCUCGGAGUCUUCAACCACGUGCACUUCGGCCAAGGGCACCGGCUGCUGCUGGAGACGCUGCCUGAGCUCAUCUUCCUGCUGGGCCUCUUUGGCUACCUGGUCUUCCUGGUCGUCUACAAGUGGCUGCGCGUGUCGGCGGCGGGGGCCGCCUCUGCCCCCAGCAUCCUGAUCCACUUCAUCAACAUGUUCCUCUUCUCCCGCAGCCCCACCAACCGGCCGCUCUUCCCCGGGCAGGAAGUGGUGCAGCAUGUGCUGGUGGUGCUGGCCUUGGCCACGGUGCCCGUCCUGCUGCUGGGCACACCCUUGUAUCUGCUACACCGGCGGCUGCGAAGCCGCCACUCACCAAGGCCUGCUGUGGCUCGACAGGACCAGGAAGAGGACAAGGCCGGGCUUCUGGACUCCCCCAGCGCUUCCGCUUCCGAGAAGGGCUGGAGCUCUGACGAGGAGAAGGCGGGCUGCGCAGGGGACGAGGCGGCCGAGCUCGCCGCCUCCGAGGUCCUGAUGCACCAGGCCAUCCACACCAUCGAGUUCUGCCUGGGCUGCAUCUCCAACACGGCCUCCUACCUGCGCCUCUGGGCGCUGAGCCUGGCCCAUGCCCAGCUGUCCGAGGUCCUGUGGGCCAUGGUGAUGCGCGUGGGCCUGCGCAUGUGCGGGGAAGUGGGCGUGGCGGCAGUGGCGCUGGUCCCCAUCUUCGCAGCCUUUGCGGUGAUGACAGUGGCCAUCCUGCUGGUCAUGGAAGGGCUGUCUGCUUUCCUGCACGCCCUGCGGCUGCACUGGGUGGAGUUCCAGAACAAGUUCUACGCGGGCACCGGCUACAAGCUGAGCCCCUUCACCUUCGCCAUCCAGGAGGAAUAGCGCCCCCUGCGGGCCAGGCCCCCGCCCUCCUUACCUUCCCGAGGCAGAAAAGGAAUAAAGAGCCCCAAGCCCAGGAACAGGCUCUGGCCUUCCUCCUUCGGACACCAGGGGCUGGGCUGACGCCAGAAGGGCAGGGUCCUGGGUACCCAGCUCCCACCAGCUGGCCACCUCCAGUCCCUGUGCCCAUCUCCCUCACGUCCUCUGUGGGGAGUGCUGGUGUAGGGGUAGGGCCUCAAGAAGUGGGGCAAGGACCCCCAGGAGCACACCUGCCAGGAUCCAGACUGGGCAUGAGAGGGGGAGGGGCGAUUCCAGCACAUUCUAGCUUAGACUGUCUUUCCAGCCAGCCAGGGGAGUGAGCACCCUGUCCUUGGAGGUAAGCAGACUGGCUGGCACCUCUGUUCCACACCUGGUGUGGGUGACCAAAAGCUUGAGGCACUGAGUACAGCAGCAGGGACACCAAGCCUGACCUGGUGGCUCCAUGCAGAAUCAUGGGUCUCCCACCCUGGGCCAGAGUCCUGCAUGGAAGGCAGGAGCUGUCCAGAGCAGCUGAGGACUUGCCCAGGGCCCUGAGGGUCAGAGGGCUCACGCCCCAUCCCUCCCUCAGUGGUGGUCUGCCCCUAGUCAUCCUCCCUGCAUGAUGGGUGGGGUGGGGGUGGCCUCCGCAGGUCCCCUGGGGUGUGCCAGUGGGAGGCGACCCCAGUGCUUCUCAAGAGGCCUGGAUUUUUCCAGCCAACAAGCUGCAAGCUGGUUCUUCCAGCUUUGAGGCCAGCGACACCCUGGGCACAGUGAGCUGGCCAUGGCUAUGGCUGUGGCCAGCUGCUGAAGGGGCCUGUCCCUUUGAUCUUGGACUGCCCUGUUUAGGACCCCAGAGGCCAGGGGUGUGUGCAAGGGGCUGUGGAAGUUUCACAUGCCUGGAAGACUCUGCCCAGAGAAAGGUGGCAGUGCCUGGCUAGGAACAGGGACUGAGGACCUGGACCAGUUGGUGGCCUUGAUCUCUGGGAACAGAGCUGAGCUGAACAGACCUUGCAGGGACAACCAGAGGAGAUGCUCAGUCAAAUGGGGUCUUCCAGGGAGACACCAGUGGGCCUGCCCCCAACAGACACCUGCACGUCUGGGCUGAGCAGAGUUGUUCCCGUGGAGACAGCACAUGCCUGGUCACCUGCCUUGAGGACUAGCAGUGACCAGGCCAGGCUGAUGGCUCAAGUUUACAGUCUGGGGAAGACCGGCCAGUCAGCCAGCACCCCGGGGACAGCUGAGCUGCAUGCAGAACGGGAACAGGGAGCUUAAUUAACUGCUCCAUUUUUAAAAGAAGGAUUUAGAAAGGCGUGAGAGGGUGACGUGAGCUGACAGGACUGUGAAGGAGCCCAUCAUCUGGAGACCUGACCCAAGGGGCAAGGGACUUGUAAGCAAGCUGGAGCUGUUUAAGUGUGGCUAGAGCCAGCCAGGGUCAGGGCAGCAGGGCCAGGUGACAGGAGACCUUCAUUCUAAGUGGUCAGUGAGCAGCUACUGGAGAUCACACAUCCAGUCCUGCUCGAGAGUGAAGCAAGCGUCUAGACGGGGAAGGUAAACGGGGAAGAGCAGGAGUCCCUCCUGCCUCACCCACCUCUUGGUUCGCUCCCCAGACAGCCACUGCCCCGGUUUCCUCUGCUGCAGCAGGAGGCACAGCGCUGGGUGAAGUCAGUGAGGUAACAGGCUGUCCCAGGGCCAGCAUGCUGGGCGAGACCCCAUGGGACUCAGAAGGUGCUAAGAGCAGACCCUGGGGACAGGGAGUCCAGAGGAAAACCAGAGUAUAGCGGGCAGACAAUCAAGUGUCACAAGGAGGAGAGUCAGAUGCGCCUGCCCCCAGCUAGGCCAGGGCCAGCAGGACGGGGCACUGCCUUCUGGAACCUCCCUGGGGCACGUGAGGUAAGAGGCGCCAUCCCCAAGGUUAGGACACAUCCGGAGCAACAGCCUGAGGUUGAGUCUUAAUUUUAUUAUUUAUCUGUGUAGUACAGUCUCUGUGGUAGCAGAAAUAUAUGCACAAAAAGCAAUUCAGAGUUUGGAGUAAAAAAAAAGUCUGCUAAAAUCGACCCACUGGACAUUAAUGCAUGUGAUUCACAGCUCUGCUCUGUCCCCCACCCCUACCCCACAUCUGUGCUGCUGUCUCCCAGAGUGACAUCAGGGACAUGGUGGGGGUGAGGCUGGGAAUGCUGGCCCAGGCCAGGGACAGCGUGUGGGGGUGGAAGGAUUCCCUGGGGAAGCUGCCUCUGGCCAGGCAGAGGGAAGGAGAGAGGGGCAGGGGGGCCGGAGUUAGGAGGGGCGUGCAGGGCGCAUCCAGCUACAGAGAAGUUCGUCCACGUGCCAACACGUGCACAGCAGGCUCAGGAGGCCGCGGCCAUCUGUCCGCAGAGCUCCCGACAGCUCCUGGGCAGCCCGCCUCUCUAGCAGCCGCCUUCUGCCCAGAGGCACGGGCUGCCCGUGGAGCACUUCACAGUGUGUCCACUCACUCGUGUCCCUCGGGAGCAAGAGUGUCUACAUCACAUCGUCACCUACAAAAAUCCUGGUCACAACGUUCACCAGUAUAUUAAUGAUAAAUUUUUUAAAAAACAACAACAUUAACCAAAGUACCUGCAGGAACAUCUCGCUCCUGGGGCGGCCGAGCCACUGGAAGCCUCGCGCCCCGACGGAAGGCCGUCUUGGAGGCCGCGCUACUGUUCUACUGACUACACUUCCGCUCCCAACCUCGUCCAAGUCCUAGUGAAACCAUAAACAAGGUGUGAAAUAAACGUCACUCCACUUUAAUAGUCUCCAGUAUCAUACACAUCUGUCCAGAGGCGCCGGGCCUUCGUGCUGCAGGGGCCGCGGCUGCAGCGCAGAGGGCCCGGCUCGCAGCCUCCCGCAGUCCAGUGGUGCAGGGCUGCUCCUCCCGUCACACCCCCAGCUUCCUCUUCUGGUC